AUGAACUCAGAAGGGAGAAGAAAAGGGAGAGGAGAGGAAGAUGGCGAUGUUGUCAGGCUAAAGUACCGCAUGCCACGGAUGAGUUUUGCACCAAUGUUUUUAUUAUUUUUUUUUCUUAACUACCUGGCAUGGUUCACCACCGUCAAUGAGGAUGGCACCGACCUUGUCAUGUCGCCAUACGUCGCCACCUUGAAGGCGAGGAAGGCCCAUGCCUUGCGGAACGAGGAGUACCCUUUCGACAUGCAGCUUUUCUUCGAGGACGUCGUGCUUCGCAACCUCUUCCGUUUGAGUCAACUAUUUGGUGGGAUGAAGGGGGUUCGCCUCAUAUGGUGCUUUGCGUGGCUUGUGCAUUGUAUGGAGCUGGGCAUUGCCUUUCGAAUUUGUUUUUCAUGCAGGGCAAGAACGGCGGUUUUUGCCGUCUACUGUCUUUUCACGGUGGCGGGAGGAAUCACGCAGUUACUUCCUUUGAUUGAGGCCCGUGAUGCAUAUCUAUUGCUACUGCAAAAGAAAAAGAAUAAGAAGGAAUAA